AUGGUUAAGCCUAUUAUUGCCCCAAGUAUUUUAGCGUCUGAUUUUGCCAAUCUAGGUUGUGAGUGUCACCGAGUUAUCAACUCCGGUGCUGAAUGGUUGCACAUCGAUGUUAUGGAUGGUCAUUUCGUUCCUAAUAUUACGCUGGGACAGCCUAUCGUUACCUCGCUAAGACGUGCCGUGCCAAGAUCACAGGAGGAAGAGAAAGCUUCUGGAGAAGUCGCUAGACCCACUGCCUUUUUCGACUGUCAUAUGAUGGUUGAGGAGCCAGAGAAAUGGGUUGCUGAUUUCGCCAAGGCUGGUGCUGAUCAAUUCACAUUCCACUACGAGGCCACUAAAGAUCCACUAUCGUUGGUGAAGUUGAUUAAGGAGAACGGUAUCAAGGCCGCCUGUGCCAUCAAGCCAGGCACCCCAGUGGACGUUCUAUUUGAAUUGGCCCCAUACCUGGAUAUGGCCUUAGUUAUGACCGUUGAGCCAGGUUUCGGUGGCCAGAAGUUCAUGCCAGACAUGAUGCCAAAGGUUGAAGCCCUAAGAACUAAAUUCCCACACAUGAACAUUCAAGUCGAUGGUGGUUUAGGUAAAGAGACUAUCGGUGUGGCCGCCAAGGCCGGUGCCAAUGUCAUCGUUGCUGGUACAAGUGUAUUUACGGCUUCUGACCCACACGAGGUUAUUUCUUUCAUGAAGGAAGAAGUGAGAAAGGAGUUGAAGGCAAAGCAUAUUUUAGGUGAUGAGACCAAGCACUAG